GGGCGGACGAAUGGACAGCUGAUUUUAAUGCACGGAUGCACCUCUCCGACUUCGCGUACUGUUACUGGUGUGAAAAGGUUACGAAAUCAAUCGAUCGCACACGUCGGCGGAUUGAUGCUAGUAAUUGAAUUCAAACAGCCAAACGGUGAUGGCACGCUUUAUCGCGCAAAAAUAGGGAUAAUCGAUGCAAACGUCCGUUCUGCGAUGGAAAUUGUUGCCAACAAAGGCACGGGGUCAGGGCGCGUUUCAAUCAAAACUUUCAACAUAUUCCACCGAAAUGACCCAGUAGUAGGGGAUAUUAAAGGGACCAAACCGGUUCCAAUUUAACCUGCAUUCGCGACCUACAAACGAAAAGGACACACAGCACAGAAAAUGCUCAAAGCGCAGAAAGCCAUAAUUUUGGUUGAUUUUCUCCUGUAUAUCGAUUUAAAAUCAGGGGAGGAAAGGCAAGUUUCACUUAAUUGUGUCCGUGUGUAUGAAGGGUUUGUGGAUAUUUGGUUUUUUUUUUUCUGUGCGUCGAACGAAGCGCGUCAGAGGACAACAACAACCAAAACCGGUAUAAAGCGGCCUCUGUAGGACCAACCUGUUUUAACGCUUAACUAGCCAUGGUUGUUUUUUUUUUUUGCAACCUUCCAUCCGUGAUGCAAUAGAACGGAAGGGAUCGGAAUUUGUUAAAGUUGUGUAAUAGUGGUCUGAUCGACGCGUCGAAUCAAUUAUGCGCCAACGAACUCAUCAUUCGGACGUCGAUCUUAUGUAGAACCGCGAGAGCGUAGGGCAAAAAAUACGGCAGUGAAACAGCGGCUACUAUGAUUCCAAUCCGGUGGGAGUUCGAAUCUGUGGAGUUGAGUCAUAGUAGGCCAUGCAUUGCAGGCAAACGGGACACACACGCGAUCACACACAACCGAAAUUGGCCAUUUUGUGGGGUAAAACACGUUAUAUUGAUUUUUAUAUAUUCGCAGCCAAUAUUUGCACGCAAAGUGCGCCCAACAUUAGCUGUUUGCCAUGGAAGGGGGGUGGAAGCUUCCCGAAUCGUAAAAAAAACCCGCCCGUGAUUGAGAUUGUGUUUGGGGCCAUAAAUUUACCUCCAAUGUCCUCGUGUGGACGUGUGUUUGAAGAGCAAUAAGAAUGCUGCUGUUUCAACUACCGAAAAAGCCAAGUGUAUGCAAGGCGGGCAGUUUGUUUUGUUUGCGGCGUCUCAAGCUUCCGGCGACAUUGAAAAUUGCCACAUUGGACCGGUCGCGAGUUCUGUCACACAAUUGCUCCGAAAGCGGCACCGGCCUUUGCAUCCUUUCACUACAUUUGCCCCGGAGCGCCGUAGGGUGGGUAUCAAAUUGUCGUCGUUGCGUUAAUGACCGAAUUCCGCGCUUGACAUUGGCACGUAUUUAAUCUGUGUCCGUCAUGGUGGCCGUUGUCUGAUCUCGAAACAUUGAUUCCGAAUGCAUUCAAGAGUGGAGAAGAGAAGCGUUAGCUCAGCACGAUGCGACUCGCAUGGAAGACUUUUAACCCCGGCGUGGUGAAUCAGCGCCGCUACACGCUGUACAAAGCCGUAUCUGCACAUAUGUUUUGGCGUUUGACCCGCCCGUGACCAAGGACGGCGGACGGCUACUUCCUGUAUUAUAUUUCGCCUGUCAUCCUGUGUGACACUGCGAGAAGCUGCGCCCUCCGCUUCUACCCACCAACGGACAUCAUCGAAGCGCCAAGAAGAAGCGCAAGCAGUCGAAAGUGUUUGCGCAUCCACUUAGCGGUUCCAUUCGCGCGCGCGCGUAUGUGCAUGGCCUACCGAUCGGCGGCGUCUGUUCGUCAAACUGACCGCAUCAUUUGCCGGGUGCCGCCGGGUGUGUGUGUGUGUGUUUGUUUGUUUUUUUUUAUCGAUUUUUCGAAGAGAAUGUGCCCAUGAACGGGUGACACUCGCUAACCGUGACCUUGCCCUCGAUCGUUGUUUCUCCCGCUCUAUGCUCCCUUCCUCGAUUGUACAUAUCUUUCUCGAAGGGGGAGGAGAUUUGCUGAUCACGUCCCAGAGCAUUAAAAAAGGUGCGCGUAACAGCGAUGACGAUCGUUUUAUUUCUCAUUAACUUCGCGCGUCGCUUGGCUUCCCUUUCAAGGCCAUGCGCCAAACUGGCGCGUAAAACGUGGAAAAGUUCAACGUGUUUUUCGCAUUCCCCUGCGCCUGCACCUGCGUUCAAAAACGUGCGCUGGAAAAACCGGCCCAGCCAAGAGAUGGUCGUUGAUGAUCGGGUCGGGAAGGAAUUCGAUCGAACAUUCUAGCACAGAACAGGUUCGAAUGCGGAUUAGAAUGAAUUCAGAAGCGAAAGCAACAAAAAAGCGCAUUUCAGUUCGUUGAUUCGACCGGCUUGAACGAUGUGCGGUGAAGAUUAGAAUGAGUUUUAGUUUUUUAUUUACAUUCCGGGCAAAACAGGAAAAAAUAAGUUGAACAACGUCACACAGCAUCUUUUGACACGAUCACCGACGAUGGUGAUGAUGAUGACGAUCGAGUUGUUUUGGUUUUUGAGACUGUUCUAGGAGCUUUGAUUCGUUCCGCGCUUGGUAUUUUGAAGCAUGAUGCAGGCACAAACAAAAUCAAUGUUGUUGCAAUCGAUCAAUCAGAAUGUACAAAUAGAGAAGCCUUAUUGCUCAGUUCCUGCCAUAGAGUGCCUGCCGGUAGUAGUGAACCCGCAGCAAAGUGACGACCGCUCGAGCGAUCUGUCAGUUUAAGACCAGCACAUUUAUCCACCCGAACGGCUGUUGUGAAGUCAAACGCUCCGGGAGUGUGUGUGUGUGUGUGUAUCAAUUUCAGUUAAUCUGCUCAACAACGACGGCACAUGUGCGUCAGGCUGGUUCGCGUGUCCCACGUCAAGCGCCGCGGGGUAAUUGUGAUAAGCGUCGCAUAAAUUAUUGCCCAUCAUCAUCGCUGGGCGAGGGCCAGUUUUUGGUGAAAAUUGCUCAGUAGCUGUGUUUACGCAAUCCUAUUGGAAGAGAGGCCACAGUGGGUGAGGAUAGUGUUUUAGUGCAGCCACUUGCCUCGGAAACAAUGAACGGUAACGGACUUAGCAAUGGCCAUCAUCGGGCGGAAAGUGAGGAGAAUCUGCACAAACCAACGACUGAAAAUGGUGGCAAUCAUCAGCCACAUCCGGGUGUGCAGCCGGAAUGCGACGAACCGAACGUGGACCGGCUGAACUGCAUGGGACGGCUGUCGUACUACGUGUCGAUGGCGAUAGGGAAAUUUUUCUACCGGCUCGGUUACUGGAUAGCGAACAAUGCGUGGAAAACGAUCGGUCUGUGCUUCUUGCUGGUCGCCCUGUGCAGCGUGGGCUUCAUCCGGUUUCACAAAGAAAAGAGCCCCAUGAAGCUGUGGAUACCGGUGGGGUCGAAGUUUCAGCACGACACCAACUGGCUGAUAGAGCACUUUAAGGAAGGCAAUCGGAUCGAAACGGUUAUGAUCACCGCACCGGAUGUGCUGGUGCCGGAAGUUUUACAGACGAUUGCAACCAUCACGGAGGAAGUGGAAGGCUUCACGUUUCACAAUAGCGAGGGUCAACGAUUAGGCUGGACCGAUGUUUGCCACAAAGUACCUUUGAUAGCGGAGUACACGGCGGAUUUGUCGCGCCGAAAGCGCCACGCGCAAGACCUCGAGGAACCGUCGGUAACGACACGCCGCCCGAAGAAGAGCAAACCCUUCUUCACACCCGUUAUCGAUGUGCCCUCGUUUCUGUUCUGCCCGAUGGUGGAGCGGCUCGAGCUGGGCUGCUACGGUAGCAGCUUGCUGGAGCUGUGGAAGUAUAAUCGCACCACGAUUGCCGGCCUGUCGAAGGAGGAUAUUGUGGAUAAGCUGAACCGUACCACGAUCAGCCCGAUGACGGGGCACACGGUCGAGUUUGCCGAGCUGCUGGGUGACGUGAAGCGCGACUGGAGUGGCCGGAUCGUGUCGGCCGGUUCGCUCGUUACGCACUGGUUCGUGCACGUCAACUUCUCCGAGGUGGAUUCGGACGUGAGUGGCAAUGCGGCCGGUACGGAGGAUUGGGUCACCGAGAAUGCCAUGCUGUGGGAGGAACGGUUCCUGCAGAUUGUUACGAAAGCGAAGCGGGAUCUGUCGAACAAUGAGACCGACAUCUACUAUGCGGCCGGAAGAAGUUACGGAGACAUUAGCGAGGAAUCAAUGUUCAAGGACAUGGAUAAGCUAAUCUACGGCGGUAUCGUUAUGUUUGUCUACAUGCAGCUCGUCUUAUCGAAGUUCAGUUGGACCGAGUUUAGGGUCAUUCUUGGAUCGGUGGGACUGAUGAGCGUCGGAAUGGGCUUCGUCGCCGGCUGUGGCAUUGUGGCAGCGCUUGGCGUGUCCUACGGCCCGGUACACACCUCGCUGCCCUUCCUGCUGAUGGGGCUCGGCGUAGACGACAUGUUCGUCAUGAUGGCCUGCUAUCGGAAGGUGCGGAAAGCCAAUCCCGACCUGCAGCUGGCCGAACGGAUGGGGCUGAUGCUGCAGCAUGCUGGCGCAUCCAUUACGGUCACAUCGCUCACCGACAUUGUGGCAUUCAUCGUCGGCUCCAUCACGGUCAUCCCUUCGCUGCAGUCGUUCUGCAUCUACGCGGCGGCCGGCGUGUUCAUGAUGUUCGUGUUCGUUAUCACCUUCUUCGUCGCCAUAUUUACGCUGGAUGAGCUGCGCAUUGCCAGCCGGCGCAACUCGUUCCUGCUGUGGGUGGUGCACGACGAAAAGUCGACCUCGCUCUGGUGCGAGUACAAUCUGAUGCACCGGUUCAUCAACGCGCUCUACUCAAAGUUCCUGCUGACGACGGUGGGCAAGGUGCUGGUCAUACUGGCCGUCGUCCUGAUGACCGGCGUCAACGUGCACAAUCUGCUGAAGCUGCGGCAAAAGUUUGACCCCAACUGGUUCAUCCCGGAGGAAACGUACUACAACCAGUUCGUGGUGAAAACGCACGAACACUACCCAAACGCCGGGUACGAGGCGAUGCUCCUGUUCGGCCAUCUCAACUACACGGCCGAGCUGCCCAAUCUGAUCGGCAUUACGCACCGGUUGGAGAAUCGCACCGACAUACUGCACAGCUUCAGCUCGUGGGUGACUGCGUUCCAGGACUUUGUGCACACGCACUACGACAAGGACAUUGCGGUGGAUGCGCUGAGCGAGGCCGACUUCCGCAAGUACCUGAGCAAGUUCCUGUUCAGCUACGAGGGCGGCCGCUACCAGAUGAACAUCAAGUUCGCCACCAAGCUGAAGUGCGGCCAGCCCGCACCCAACAUCACCGUCACGACGAUGGACUUCAAGUUUCGGCCGUUCAAGGAGCGGGAAGAGUACCUGCCGGCCAAGUACGCGGUGGAGGACGUGCUGGCGAGCAGCAACAUCAGCACGGGCGAUCACUACCGCACCCUGUGGGCGAAGAUAUUCGGCAACUGGGUGACGGAUGAGAUCAUCGACACGGAAAUCUAUCGCAACAUUUCGCUCGCCCUGAUCGGCGUCAUGUUCUGCUCGGUGGUGCUGAUCGUCAAUCUGCAAAUCUGUUUCUGGAUAUUCGUUUGUGUGCUACUUACGCUCGUCAACGUUGGCGGGCUGAUGCAGGUCUGGGGACUGACGCUCGAUCUCGUGUCCUGCAUUGCGCUGCAGCUUGCCGUCGGGCUGUGCGUUGACUAUGCGGCCCACAUUGGCCACACGUUCCUCACGAUCAACAAGGGCGAUCGGAAUCGGCGCAGUCUCGAGACGGUGCUACACAUCGGGGCGGCCGUUUUCUACGGCGGCGGAUCCACGAUACUGUCCCUUUCGAUACUGUCCGGCUCGCAGGCGUAUACUUACAGGACGUUUUUCAAAAUAUUCCUUCUCGUGAUUGCGUACGGACUGUUCCACGGCACGAUACUGCUGCCAGUCAUACUGAGCCUGAUCGGGCCGGCCCCGUACAGCGGAUCGCUGAACAGUCUAAACACGAUCAACAACAAUCCCAGUCCAACGAAGAAAGUGUGCCGCGAGGGCACGGAAAUGAUUUCCUUCAUUGGCAAGGAAAAGUAUACCCCGAACGGUACGGAACUGUAGGGAUGUGUCGGCGAGGGAAGCGGAAUUUAAAGCACACACGCACUUACACCGUCCGUGGGAGAAAGCUGGAGAAGUAAGAUUAACGCGCGCAGACAUUAGGAAUAAGAGAGAGAGAGAGAGAGAGAGAGAGAGAGAGAGAGAGAGAGAGAGAGAGAGAGAGAGAGAGAGAGAGAGAGAGCGAAAAAGCUUAGCAGCAGUAGUGUUUAAGUGUCCUCUGCCUCAAGCACAAUAUUGCCUGAUAACUUUAAUUGUGAUCGAUCAUGUUCUCUUUCCUUACGCAUGAUUUUUAAGAAGUAUUUUUUUACUACAAUUUGUACAUAUAAUUGAUAAGCAAUAGAAAGAAGUUAAGGACGAGUAGAUAGAGAGAGAAUCGAAACGAUUAAAAACAAAAUGUAAUAUUGUGGGAAAUAAAAAGCGGUUACACAUAGCA